CUAAUAUGUAGAUUUAACUUCAUUGCUGUCAUAAUCCUAGCAAGAUCUUUUGUACAAAUAUACAAGAUCAUCCUACAAUUUUUAUUGAAAGACAAGGCUACAACAAUUCUUAAAAAGAAUAAAGCAGUGAAAAUCGCUACACUGUCUCAAGACAUAUUAUGCAGCUAUAGUAAUCAACAGUAUGUGAUACUGACAGAGAAUAGACACAUAAUCAAUGAAACAGAAUAGAAAACCAAGUAUAGCCAAAUAAUUUUUGACAAAUGUGCCAAAGUAAUUCAAUGGAGGAAGAAUAGUACUUUCAACAAACGGUUGCUACAAAAAGUAGAUAUCCACUGUUAAAAAAAAAAUCCAUCUCAAAGUUUUAUACCUUAUACAACAAUUAAUACAAAUGGAGUAGGGCAGUUCACUCAAGUGGAAAGGAUGUCAUGAGCUAUUGGCCUGAAACAAAUGGUAUGUUACAUAGCAUUCCGCUAUCAUUGAAUAUAAAUAUAUGGUGUUACCAUCAGAAAGGCCCCAUCUAGGGUUAAGGAGUACUUCCUUUGGGAAUUAUUGCUUUCCAUUAGACCCCCUCACUUCCUCAGAAUUAUAAUCCGUUUCAUAAGGCCUCAGUUUCCUCUUACAGUUUCUAGAACAGAGCAUUAUUUUGUCAUGCACACUCAAUGGUGCAAGUCAAUGGUCUGGUGUUCUGAGUGGCAUAGCAUUCUGCCCAUCUCUGAUUCGUCACCCAUGAUAGACCAGUAAAAGUGACCACUUAGAUUCCUAGCUGUCCAAAAUGUUUUAAGUUUCUCAGCAUACUAGAGCUUCCUCUCUUUCAGAAGCCAUGAAUUUCCCGAUGCCGACCUUCAUUAUAUGUGGGUUACUAAUUUCAGCGACCAAAGCUGGCUGGAAAAUAAAAAAAUGCUGGAAGAAUGAUAUAGGACACUGCAGAAAACGAUGUUUACAUACUGAAAGGUACAAACUUCUUUGUAUGAACAAGCUAAAUUGUUGCAUUCCCACAAACUUCGAGGAAUACACUAGAAAGCCACUACCUCCCCUAUUCCCUACAGAUAUGAGCAAUGUUACUUGGGAUGUGCCUCCUUCCCCUGUAACUUGGCCCGAUGAUCAGGUAACAUAUAUCCCAGAUGUUAGCACAGGAACUGAGAUCACAACUCCCAGGAAGAGAGUUUCUACAACGGCUUUGACACGUGCUACUAAAGUUUCUACACCAACUUUGACACAAGCUCCUAAAGUUUCUACACCAACUUUGACACAAGCUCCCAAAGUUCCUACACCAACUUUGACACAAGCUCCCAAAGUUUCUACAACAGCUUUGACACAAGCUCCUAAAGUUCCUCCAUCAACUUUGACACAAGCUCCCAAAGUUUCUACACCAGCUUUGACACAAGCUCCCAAAGUUUCUACAACAGCUUUGACACAAGCUCCCAAAGUUACUACAACAGCUUUGACACAAACUCCCAAAGUUUCUACACCAGCUUUGACACAAACUCCCAAAGUUUCUACACCGGCUUUGACAACACAACCUACAGGAACUGCUGCUUCAACUAACUAA